AUGACACCAAGUUCUUUGUCCCCGCAUUACGCGGCUCAAUCUCCCUCAGGACGUAAACCUGACUUGGUAGCGAAGGAGGUGUGGGAAUGGUGUUCAUCCGUGGCGGCCUGCGAACGUACCAGAGAAACCUACCACAAAGUAGCAGGGUCCAGCGUGUUCGACCACCAAGCAACACCGUCAGUUCCAGAGAGCUUCGAACAAGGAUUUCAUGAAGAGUCGGCAGUAAACUCCACUUCCUCCCCGUCCUCCACUCAAUAA